AAGAAAAAGUUGUACCAGAUUGUUUAAGAAUGUUAAACAUUUGAGUGUUUUAUAAUGAAUAAUUUGUAGAAUAAAUAACAGAAUAAUUUGUAGAAUAAGUAAACAACUUACUGUGUUAAUCGAAAACCCCAAAUUUUAAGUGUAAUAAUUGAAAGAAAUGUUUAAUGAUUGUAUUGGUCUAGAGUUUAGAGUUAUAUUUCUUUUUCAUUUUUCUGUUUUAAGAAUAUAGCCGAAGAGCUAGAUUGUGCUUUCCAUUUUUCAUCUCAUCCCAUCUUCUAGACCCCAAAGAUUUCGAUAACUGAAAUAUUUACAUGAUGUCUACACCCUCGCCUAUAACCACUAAACUUUUUGACUAUACAGUAUAAGAUCCUACAAAUGUUUAUUGACAUUAUCUUAUACACCUGCAUUUCACAUUCAGUUCUCAUCGCACAUUUGUCCUGCAUGGCAUACUAAACAAUAUUCAGUAUUAAGUUCAGUAUUUAUGUUCAGAGAAGAGUAGAGAAUUAGUAUUGACUGUUUUCAUAAUGUUGACAGAAUAGGAAAUAACCAGACUUAAAGGAAUAGUUCACCUUUCAAUGAAUUUACACACCCUCCUGUCAUUUCAAACCUUCUGCAGAACAAUAAAGAAGAUGUUGACUUGGAUUGGUUUUGUGUCAAAACAAAAUAAGUGAAUGGGGACCAACAGUUUUUGGUUGCGAACAUUUUCAAAAUAUCUUCUUUCGUGCUUUGCAAGAAAGAAAAUCACACAGGUUUAAAAUGACAAUUGAUUGAGAAAAUGUUGACAGAAGCCGAACUAUUCCUUUAAAUCAUGAGUGUAUGAAAAAGAUCUUGUAGAGUUCAAUGAAAUCCCUUCAUCUGGAAUACAUCCAAAGGUCGAUGCUGUUCGUUAUCCAGUUGUCUGUAUUAUUGCCAUGUGCUUCUAUUUUAUUAAUAAUGUGCCUGUGUAAUUUUUAAAGAUUGGGAAAAAUGGGCAAAUAAUCUUUACCUCAUUUGUGAAAUAUACGUAACAUUAAACAUUUUGAACAAAGUUUCCACAAUUGACACCUUUAAACAAGAAAUUCAUUUCAGAAGACACGUGUUACUAUUUUGAGUAAAAUUUUUAUGUCCUAUGCAAUAUUUUUAACCCUUUCUGUCAAGUACAGGGUUUUGUCCAUAGAUUUACAUGCAGGCAUAAACACAGACACAUGCACAAGCAGGUCAAAAGCCCAAAGUACAAACAGCGUCUGGCUUUUAUUUACCAACCAUUGAAAUAACAUAAGGCCUCACAACUUAAGCCAAGGUUUUUGUAAUAAGUAACACAACUCACAAGGAUGAAGUUUGAAGAUCUACUUACUGAGAUCAAUGGCUUCGGCAGGUUCCAGAAGAUGAUUAUUUGCAUCAGUUUUAUCGGACGAUUUACUCUCCCGUGUCACUUCCUGCUAAGCAACUUUAUAGCUGCCAUCCCGUCUCACCACUGUGACAUCAGCUCUUUGGAUGUUGACGGGAUCUUCGGGAAUCUGAGUUGGGAGGAGAGGCUGACUGUCAGUAUUCCAAAACAGGAAGAUGGGACACCUGCUUCCUGUCACAUGUUCUCUCAUCUUCAAUUUCACCUGCUUUCAAACUCAUCGGGCAGCACAGAUCUUCCUGUUAUUAAGUGUCGGAAUGGAUGGGUGUAUGAUAACAGCACAUUUAGCAGCACUCUGGCCACACAGUGGGAUCUGGUGUGUGAUAACAGAGGUCUGAAUAAAGCUGUGGCCACCAUCUUCUUUGUUGGCUCAAUGUUUGGAGCAGUUUUCUUUGGAGGUCUGAGUGACAGAUUUGGCCGUAAGCCGAUGUUGCUGGUAUCGUAUCUAUCAGGAAUGGGUUUUGCAGUGGCCAGCGUUUUUUCCUCCUCCUUUAUCAUGUUUGCAGUGUUGAGAUUCUUCACUGGAUUAACCCUCACUGCCAUCAUCACAAUCUCAUCUGUACUCAAUGUGGAGUGGGUAGACAUUCAGCACAGAAGACUGGUGUGUUUGAUCGACAGUAUGGGGUGGACUUUUGGGACCACCGCUUUAGCUCUCAUUGCAUUCUGUAUAAGAGACUGGAGAUGGUUGAUAGUGGCCGUAACUUCGCCUGUAUUUUUAUGCACAAUUCUCUGGUGGUGGAUUCCAGAGUCGGCUCGGUGGCUGAUGGUCAAUGGAAAGACACAAACAGCUAAUUUUUACCUUCAUAGAUGUGCAGUUAUGAACCGCUGUGAGAACAUUACCUCGAGCAUCCAGCCUGAGGCUCUCUCUAGCAUCAUUGUGACAGACACAGGAAAGGGGACAUUUUCAUACCUGGAUCUUGUCAAAACCCCUAAAAUGAGGAGACUGGCUUUGCUCACAGGGACCAUAUGGUUUUGUGUUGCUGUUGCCAGCUAUGGAAUUAGCCUUAAUAUAACAGGCUUUGGUCUGAACGUCUACAUGACUCAGUUUGUUUAUGGUGCCAUUGAGAUUCCAGCUAAACUGAGCAUGUAUUAUCUGCUUGAAAAGAUUGGCAGACGAAGGACAGAGACCGGUGCUCUGUUUUUGACUGGAAUCAGCCUCAUGAUUAACAUUUUCACACCCAGAGAUCAACAGGUUGGACGUACUGUAGUGGCUGUACUUGGGAGAGGUUUUGCAGCUGCAGCCUUUGGUACAAUCAUAUUGUACUCCUCUGAGCUUUACCCCACUGUUCUCAGGCAAAAUGGGCUGGGCUACAAUUCCUUCGUGGGUCGGUUGGGUGUGUCUGUGGCUCCUUUAGUACUCUUGUUGGACAGUUUCUGGGGGUAUCUCCCUCAGAUCACCCUCUGUUGUGUAGCCCUCUUUGCUAGUCUUGUAGCCUGGCAGUUACCUGAGACACGAGGCAGGUGUCUACCUGAAACUAUAGAGGACAUUGAGGCUACACAGAUAAAUCUCGUUAGACAUUAUGAAAAGCCAGAGGAAGCUGAGAAAUGAAAAAUGAUAUUGGUGGAGUGUUAUAUCAGUAGCCGUUUUAGCUUCCAAUCUUCUGCACUUCCAAGGCUGACCACUAGAUCACUUUCAUCAGGAGUGAGAUGAAUAUCUCAAGAAAAUGUACUAAUAUGAUAUUGCUUAGUAUGUUUCUCUGUCAAGGAAUACAAUUUUGUCUUGACUGUCUUUGACUUUUACAGAAGAAUCAAAAUUACAAUUUUAUAAGACAGGCCCGACACUGGAAAUCUGUUGAAGUCUUGGAAUAACUGUUGUAGGAAGCAGCUCGUAAAGUCAUAACCUUUUUUUGCACUGCUGGAUGCUUUGAGUUCACAGUCCAAUCAAAUUUCAUCUCGGUUUGUGUAAUACUUCUAAAGUGCAAUGCUGUUUACUAACCAAACCUGAUAGUUUUCUUGGUACUUCUUUACUUAAAAUCCAUCUGUCUAAAUGGAAAAUAUUAUAGCUGUAGCCUAUGUAAAAUAACAAGAACGUUUGUGUAUCAGAUGCACUCAUUAAUAAAAGUUUCAACGAAAGAUCUUAAUUUCUGUUUUAAAUUGCUCCUACCUUUAUCUGCAAACAAAACCUAUUGCAUUCUCUUAAAUUUUGCGCACAAGUUGUUUCAAAUAAUUGGUUUAAAUACAUUAAUUGACACUCAUGUGAUCAUGUGAUGUGCUAUGUCUAUGUAGAAUCUAUAGUUCAAAUCAUUAACCCUACAAUAGCAUUUUGGAUACAAAUUACUUAACAAGCUCCGCAUUAUUUUAAAUGGCCAAAGUACAAGCAACAGCCGGCUUAUAAUUGCCAAGCUCUUAAACCUCAGUACAUGCAUUGUUUUGUAGUGAGACAACCAAGACGCA